AAGAGGAUGACUCGCCAUUUCCUUCUAAUCUAGCAUGGGAGCCAAGGCCCUGAACACUGUGGGAGUAACUUUUCCCUCACUGAACUCUACCCUUAUCAGAAAGGAGGCGUUACUUACUGUCAAAGAGCUUAUAAACGCAUGAGGGGUUGGCAUGGAGCUGCUGAGCCUCCUGGAAGAGUGACUUUAAUAAGAGAAAUUCGGAGACUACCAUGGCGGGAAAGCCCAAGCUUCACUACUUCAAUGGACGAGGCCGAAUGGAGUCCAUCCGGUGGCUCUUGGCCGCAGCAGGAGUAGAGUUCGAAGAGAAAUUUAUAGAAACUCCAGAAGACUGGGAUAAAUUAAGGAAUGAUGGAUGUCUCAUGUUCCAGCAAGUGCCAAUGGUGGAAAUGGAUGGAAUGAAGCUGGUGCAGACCAGAGCCAUUCUCAACUAUAUUGCCACCAAAUACAACCUCUAUGGGAAAGACAUAAAGGAGAGAGCCCUGAUAGAUAUGUACACAGAAGGUAUGGCAGAUUUGAAUGAAAUGAUCAUUGUUUUGCCUCUAUGCCCACCUGACCAAAAAGAUGCCAAGAUUGCCCUGAUCAAAGAGAGAACGACAGAUCGUUAUCUCCCCGUGUUUGAGAAAGUAAGUGGACUGGUGAGCGCUUUGGGGCACUGGACUUGGAAGCAAGGAAAGAUAGUGCCUGACUGGCAUUCCUUAGGCAUUGACCUUCACUCCCAGUAGCACCCUGACUCGCAA